ACAAAGUCAAACAGGUGACGUUACAUGAAGCUUCACGAGCUGCUGCUGAAUUUCUUUCUUUUACGUUUUGAAAUGAUGAGGACUACAGGAGCUGUUUUCAGGAACUCUGUAAUGUGUGUUAGUCUGAGCGCCAACCAGGACUCGUCACCAUAGCAGGUAAAUCAGGAGAAUGAGGAACACAUCUAACUUAAUGUUCAGUGCUGGGCUUUUGGCGGGAUUUUUCUCCCUUUUCUUUGUGUUGGAUUCAAACUUUUUGAUAAAACAGCUCAGCAGGGACUUUAAGCAUGAACCCAAAUAUGGUUUCCAACACACACAUACGGGUGAGAACAGCUCUGUCAAUAGUUCCUCUCACAAAACACGGAUCUUAUGCUGGAUCAUGACAGGACCUAAGAACUUGGAAACCCGAACCAAGCACAUCAAGCAGACAUGGGCCAAGCGCUGUUACAAAGUGCUGUACAUGAGCUCAGAGAAGUCUGACUUCCCCACUGUGGGGUUGAACGUGAACGAAGGAAGGCAAAACCUGUACUGGAAGACGAUCCGAGCCCUCCAAUAUAUUUACCAGCACCACCUGGAUGAAGCUGACUGGUUCCUGAAGGCAGAUGACGACACGUUUGUGGUUGUGGAGAAUCUGAACUAUAUCCUAUCCCAAUAUGAUCCAGAGGAGCCUCUCUACUUUGGAAGAAGGUUUAGCCCUUUUGUCAGUCAGGGUUACAUGAGUGGAGGAGCAGGUUAUGUGUUGAGUAAGGAAGCAUUGAGGAGAUUUGUCAAAGGUUUCAAUUCAGGAGAAUGCACCCACUUCUCUGACGUGGAAGAUAUGGCCCUUGGGAAGUGUAUGGAGACAAUGAAGGUGAAGCCAGAGGACUCCAGAGAUGUGAAAGGGAGGCAAACGUUUCAUCCCUUUCCUCCAGAAUAUUACCUGGUUCGACAGCCUCCGAGACCCCGCCCUUGGUACCUGAUUUAUGAUCACUACACUCCAGUAGAGGGUCCAGGUUGCUGCUCGGAUUUAGUUGUUUCCUUUCACUACAUUUAUGCUGUCCAGCAGUAUGUGUUGGAGUACCUGACCUACCAUCUGAGGCCUUACGGGUACAAAUACAGAUUCAGACCUGAUGACAAAGUGGACGUGACAACCAUCAAGAAAGUAAUAUAGAAACCAGCCUGUCAACUAUUUGAAGACGAGAACAAGGGAAUGAGUAAACUUUCACCAUUACAGAAAUGGUUUUAUUUAUUGAAAAUAAGUUUAUUUUAAUUUUUCUACUUACUAUUCCUUCAGAAACAUGAACAGUGUUAAACAAUAAAUGAUAUUUUUACAGUCAAGUGUGGCUCUUUUCAUACAACAUUCAUUGCAAUGGAUGUUAAUACAUUUGGUUACAAGAAGUGAACACUGAUGCGGCUACAAUGUUGUGAAUGUUCUAUAAACAGCUUACAAAUCUUACGGUUUACUAAUCAAGACUUAAAUGCUCCUGAACUUGUUGACACCACCUGAAGAAACUUCUAAAAACAUAACAAAUCAUAUCCCAAAAUGUGGUACCUUAAAACAAAAUAUAAAAUGAUUUGUACACUGUUGGGUCCAUAAAACACAUCAGUAAGAUCCGUAUGUACACUAGACUACACUCACAUAGCAAGUAGAAGUAUAUUUGAUUUGAUUUUUAAAGCUAACAUCAUUACC